AUGACCUACAAAAACAUCACACUCAUCGGCGCGAGCGGGAGCAUCGGGUCCAUCAUCCUCAGCGGCCUCAUCCAAGCCUCCGACUUUACCAUCAGCGUGGUAUCCCGCACAGAGAGCCGGGCCACAUUCCCACCUGGAGUCACCGUCCACAAAACAGAUUUCUCGGACACACACCUACACAGCAUCCUCCAAGGCCAAGAUGUUGUGAUUUCAGCCCUUGGGGCCACAGGCUUCAACGAGCAGAAGAAACUUGUUGACGCGGCUAUCACAGCAGGUGUGAAGCUGUUUAUCCCGUCUGAAUUCUCGGCAAGUAGCCAGACAGAAGCUGUGUUGGAGCUUCUCCCGCUAUUUCGUGAGAAGUACGACCUGAUUGCGUAUUUGAGGACCAGGGAGGGCAGUAUAUCGUGGACGGGGAUUGCUACGAGCGGGUUAUUCGACUGGGGCUUACGCAAUGGGUUCCUGGAAUUUGAUACCCCAACCCGCACAGCAACCAUCUGGGACGACGGAAACAAGUCCUUUACACUUACGAAUGAAAAGGCGCUGAGUGAUGCAGUCGUCUCGGUUUUGCGAAACCCAGACGUAGUCAAGAAUGAGUACAUUUACAUAUACUCCGUGCAGACUACGCAGAAUGAGAUUCUACGGUCCUUGGAGUCUGCGACCGGCACGGCGUGGACGGUUAAGAGGACUACGACGGAGGAGCAGGUUCGUGAGGGGAGGAGGAGGUUGGCGGAGGGGGAUUUUGGGGGUGCGUUUGCGUUGGUGCGUGGUACGGUGUUUGGGGGUCUGGAGGGCUUGAGGUCGGAUUAUGUGAGGGAUUGGGGGGUUGCGAAUGGGAGGAUUGGGGUUGGGGUUUUGGGUGAUGAUGUUGAUGGGACGGUUGGGAGGGUGGUGGGAGUAUGA